CUCUUGCGGACACUUCACCUCCAACUCCCUCUGCUCCCCCUCCAUCAUCCUCCACCCUCGGAAGUUCUGACCUGGAAAGAAACAAGCAGACAGAGAGACCAAGAGAGAGCAAGUAUACAGGCCUGCAUUACGGUUCUUUACUUCUGUUUAUUCCUUAUCUUGCUCUGUUUUUCUUUUUGAUUCUUGUCAGGCGAAUACCGAGCCCAAGGUCUAAGUAAGCCAGCCGUGACCACCCUUUUUUUUUUUUUCUUUAUCUUUUUUGGUUUCACGGGCGCCAAAAGGUAGCGAGCGACGUGUCCCGAUCCGCGCGCUGCGUAACACCACACAAACCCUCGAAGAACCUCGACUUCGACCACGACGUCCCAUUACCUCCCCCCCCAAAAGGCCGCUUUUACCGUCAUUCGCACCAUCCUCGGAGCUCGCGGGCUCGUCGCCACGUCGCCAACAUGAGUUCCGACUACUCGUACGAUGCCGAGGCGCAGUUCUAUCCCUUCUUCAUCCUCGCCAUCAGCAGCAUCAUCACCCUGCCGCUCGGCUACACCCUCGUCUUCCCCUCCAAGGACAUCGAGGCCAAGGCCCCGCGCAUCCAGAGCGACUUCAAGCCCGAACAUGUCGACCUCAUCGACAAGCAGCGCAAGGCGCACCAGAAGAAGCAGCGCCGGAUUGUGCGCGUCAUUGCCGUCUUCGUCGGCCUCGCAGUCAUGGCCGGCAUGAUCUACCUCAUCAUCCACACCAAGACCGUCACCCAAAAGAUCUGGAACCCCUACGACAUUCUCGGCAUCUCUGAUUCUGCGGACGAGAAAACGAUCAAGAAGGUCUACAAGCAGCUCUCGAGGAGACUGCACCCCGACAAGGUCAAGCCUGACCCGGCCAAGAACGAGACCAUUGAGUCCCUCAAUGACGCUUAUGUCGAAAUUUCAAAGGCCUACCAGGCCCUCACCGACGAGGAGAUCCGCAACAACUUCAUUCAGUACGGCCACCCUGACGGGAAGCAAAGCUUCAGUAUUGGAAUUGCCCUUCCUCAGUUCAUGAUCUCCGACGGCAACGGCAAGUACGUCGUCCUCGCCUACACGCUGCUCCUCGGCGUUCUCCUGCCUUACCUGGUCGGCUCGUGGUGGUACGGCACUCAGCGCAUGUCCAAGGACGGCGUGCUUAUGGAGAGUGCCAACAACCUUUUCCGUGCUUACGACGACAACGUUGACGAGGGCGGUGUCAUCACCGCUCUGAGCAGCGGCAAGGAAUUCGACGCCGUCCUCAAGGGUGACAAGGCCGAGUCUGGCCUUUCCAAGCUCGAGUCUAAGCUGCUCGCCAACGCCGAGAAGGCUGGGCUCUCUCAGAAGGACAGGCAAGCUCUCGAAGACCUCGACAGCGGCGUGCGCCGGAAGGCCCUGGCUCUGCUGUGGUCCUACCUUGGCCGAGUUGAGCUCGAGGACUCGGCCCUCGACAGCGCCAAGUACGAAGUUGCCCCCAUUGCCCACGCCCUCACCCGGUCGUUCUCUGCCAUUGCCCAAGCCUACGGUAGCACCGGUCCCAUCCUUGCCGCCUACUCCACAAGCCAGCACCUGAUUCAGGCCCUGCCCCCCAAGGCUUCGCCGCUCCUGCAGCUGCCUCACUUCAGCCAGGACAUCGUCCGCCAGGUCGAGGGAGGUGACUCAAAGGUUCACGUUUCCCUCCAGCAGUUCAUGGACUUGCCCGACGACCUCCGCAGGAACAUGGUCGUGCGCAACAAGCUUCUCUCCGAGGACCAGUACAAGUCCGCCGUCAGUGUCGCCCGCCAAUUGCCCCAGCUCCGUGUUGCCAAGGCCUUUUUUAAGGUCACUGGCGAGCGCUUCAUCAUCCCCUCCUCCCUGGUCACCCUCGUCGUCAAGGGACGCAUCGUCCCCCCUGGCAGCGAGAACGUCCCCGAGAUCAAUGAGCUAGACCUGGAAGACAUCGACCCCCCCGAAGACGACCUUGAGGCUUACCUUGGCCGCAAGAAGAAGACCGUGAAGGGUCCCGACGGCCAACCCAUCCCCGUCGACGACAAACCCAUUCUGCCCCCCCUCGCUCACGCCCCUUACUUCGCCCGCGACCAUGCCCCCAAGUGGUAUGUCUUCUUGACCGAUUCCAAGCAGGGCAAGAUGGCUGUGCCCCCCUUCACCUUCACCCAGUUCGACCAGCCCAUCUUUGGCGAAGACGGCAAGCCCACCUUCAAUAUGCAAACCCUCAAGGCCCAGUUCGCCGCUCCUCCACAAGCUGGUCACUACACAUUUGUUAUGCACGUCGUAUGUGACAGCUACGUCGGCUUCGAUACCAAGAUGGAGGUCACCCUCGUCGUCGAGGAGGCGAGCAAGGCAGCGGCCAUGGUUGCCGAAGAUGAUAUCAGCGAGCCCGACGAAGACUCGAUAGCCGGACAGAUGCAAGCCCUUAAGGGCGGCAGCGUACCGGGUGCAACCAAGCCGCGCAGGAAAGUGGAGGAGGACUCGGACGAGGAGAGCGGCACAGAUGACGACGUCGAGGAUGACACAAGCGAGACAAACACUGACACCGAGGACGAGUCAUGAGGUACUAUGCUCGGGUUUCGCGGCGCUUUUUUCAGGGGAGGUGUAUGUGUAUGGAGCAAUAGAAGAAAGAGGGUAAUUGCCCAGACCAAGAGUUUGUGCAAAGACUCAAUAUACCCAAGUCAUCAACAUUCCAACACACAAACACACACACACAUACACACCGAGGAAGAGACAAGGGAGAAGAAUCAAAUGCAUUUAAAAUGGGGUUUCGCUGCACUAGGCACGCCGGACUUCGGAAGUUGUUGCUUGGAGGGUGUUGGUCCACGUUGGUCCACGUACAUAGCUAUCGGCGUUGAU